AUGGCUUUCAAUUUUAGAAACUUGGUACCUCUCCUUCUGUGUUUCCUUACCUUUGUUGCAAUAAUACAAAAAUCCUAUGCAGGUAUUGCUGAAUUUGAUGACUACUUGAAGAAAAGGGCUGAGUUUGCCUUGGAGAGUUCUUUCGAGGCAUAUGAUCCUAAUCCUGUAGCAGUCACAGAUCAAUUUAACCAACAAGUUGGGGAGGUAUUGACAAGUGGAAAUGUGACAAGAAGGCAUCUUAAAGAAGGUGGGUGCAUGGCCACAAACCCUAUUGAUAGAUGCUGGAGAUGUGACCCUAACUGGGCUAAAAACAGGAAGAAGCUAGCCGAUUGUGCACGCGGCUUCGGCCACCAGACUCACGGUGGUAAAGAUGGGAGGUACUACAUUGUAACAGAUCCGUCUGACGAUAAUGUCGCCGCCCCAACACCUGGUACCCUCCGCCACGCCGUGAUCCAAGACGAGCCAUUGUGGAUCAUAUUCGAUAAACAUAUGCUUAUUAAACUCAGACAAGAACUUAUUGUCAAUAGUGACAAGACUAUUGAUGGUAGAGGAGUAGAUGUCCACAUUGCCUAUGGGGCAGGCAUUACUCUGCAAUUUGUGACUAAUGUUAUUAUCCACGGUAUUAAAAUUCACCACAUUGUUCCGGCCUCUGGUGGGAUGAUUAGGGAUUCCCUUAAACAUAUUGGUUUAAGGACAACAAGUGAUGGAGAUGCAAUCUCUGUGUAUGGUUCUAACCAUAUUUGGAUUGACCAUUGUUCAUUGUCAAGAUGUACCGAUGGCCUCAUUGAUGUCAUCAUGGCUUCAACUGCUAUUACCAUCUCCAACUGCAAAUUCAAUCAUCACAACGAUGUGAUGCUAUUGGGAGCAAACGAUGGAUAUGGCGAAGAUAAAAUCAUGCAAGCCACAAUUGCGUUCAACCGGUUCGGAAAAGGUUUGAUUCAAAGAAUGCCAAGAUGCCGAUGGGGUUUCUUCCAUGUCGUCAACAACGACUACUCCCACUGGCAACUCUAUGCCAUUGGUGGCAGUGCGCACCCCACUAUUAUCAGCCAGGGCAACAGGUUCAAGGCCUCCAAUGGUCCAUUCACAAAGGAAGUGACAAAGAGGGAUUAUGCUGACAAGAGCGAGUGGAUGAACUGGAGAUGGAGAUCAGAGGGUGACAAGUUCCUGAAUGGAGCGUUUUUUGUUGAAUCAGGAACACCCCUCAAACACGAAAGCAGUCCAUUAACAAAGAGUAAUUUGAUCAAAUUCAAGCCCGGUUCAUACGCUGGUAGACUCACACGAUAUGCUGGUGCACUCAAGUGCCGUGUAGGCAGACCCUGCUAA